CUGCAAAAUAAAGGCAUUCUUAUUCAACCACUCUAUCAAGAAGUAUGGCAGUCAAGUGGUAUUGAUCCAGAAGAAAUAAUUGAACUUUUAGUUCAUUUUCGUCUUGCAGCUCCAGUUCAAACCGAGCUUAGCAGAUUCAAGCCGCAAUAUUUUCUUCCAGCAGUGCUACCAGGAUACACAGGUGACCCUAAUGAAGUACAUCCUGGUUAUGAGCUAAGAGCCUCACCUGUACACAUUACAUUCUCCACUGGGUAUGUACCUCCUGGCUUCUUCACUUGUUUAGCAACUGCUGUAGCUACAAAUCCCAAUUUUGAGCUCAGUUUUGAUGAUUAUUUUGCAGCCUCUGCCAUUCAUUCAAAAAGUAUCUAUCGUAAUCGUGUCUACUUCUCUUAUGGUUGUCCUUCUGAUAACUUUGUUCUCACUGAUAUUAAUGAAGCUAUUCAAGUUGAUGUAAUGAGAUAUGUCCCUGAAAAUAGUCAUCCUGUUCCUUUCAAAACUGUUUGUCAGAACAUCAUGAAAUUGCUUGAGGAAUGUUGCCAGAAAGUAGAAGACACUCUCACUCUUUACCAUAAUGGUAGCAAUGCUGAUCGAUCAUCAAGAAGAGUACAAUACAUGUGUCAAUGCAGUCGUUCCAGUGAAGUCCAUUACAUAAAGAACAUUGAUGCUGAGAAGCAGAUAUGCUCUGAGUUUGUUCACUGCAAAAUGGAAAGUAUUCCUCGCCGCCUAACCAUUAAUGAGUUAAUGUGGUUUAAAAAGAUCAGUGCACGUGAAUCCAAUGAUGAUCAACAAGAAGUUAUGUUGACUAUUGCAAAUCUAGUUGAUAUCAUACGUGUGUUAGAAAAAAGUAACUUUCAAAAUCAAAAAUGGCGUAAACUUGGUCUCUACUUGGGUCUGAUCCACCCCGAAUUGAAGACUAUUGAGGAUAAUUAUCCACGAGAUGCUGAGCGAUGUCUUGAAGAAUGUUUAGCAGAAUGGCUUAAAAAUGAUACUGAAGCAACGUGGGAGAAACUAGCUAUUGCUGUUGGUGAAGCGGGAGAGAAAUCAGCUGCUACUUAUAUAAGAUCAGAAAAGACCUUUAACAGAUGAUACUAG